AUGCGUCUGCGUUUCGAGUCUGGGGAUCUCGGGCGUGUGUCCCAGGUAGACGCAGUCGAGCCUGUCGAGGUAGCUGUUGACUCUAGUGCUGCUAGGGGUGCUGAGCCUGCGGGUGCCGGGUCUGGAGGUGCGCUGCCUAGGGGUGCUGAGACUGGGGGUGCUGAGUCUGGGGGUGCUGAGUCUGGGGGUGCGGAGCCUGGGGGUGCUGAGCCUGGGGGUACGGAGCCUGGGGGUGCGGAGCUUGGGGGUGCUGGGUCUGCUCGUGUGGCCUCUGACGCCGUGCUGCUAGAGUUGGAGGUACUACUGUUGCUGCUGGUCCUGGAGGUGCUCGUACUGGCGGUACUGGAGCUGCUGGGACUGGGGGUGCUGCUGGGGCUGCUGGAGUUGGUCCUGCUGGAGGUACUGCUUGAGCUGUUGGAGGUAGUGGAGGCACUGGAGCUACUGGGCCUGGAGGUGCUCCUGGUGCUGGAGCUGCUGGCGGUACUGGAGCUAGCGGUCCUGCUGGAGUUGGAGCUGCUGGAGCUGGAGCUUCUGGGGGUGCUGGCGCUGGUGGUGCUGCUCGCGCUGGUGCUUCUGAGGGUGCUAGAGUUGGCGCUGUUGGAGCUGGAGGUGCCGCUGGGGGUACUGGUGCUGUCCCUGCUGGUUCUGGAGGCGCUGCGCGGCCGCGGCCGUACUUCGUUCCGCUCCUUGAGCAGUGGUCCUACUGGAGGUCUUGCUGAGCGUCGUGAGCCUGCGUCUUGUCCUGCGUCGCCUGUUCGUGCUGCUCGCACUAGUGGUCGUGCUCCGCGUCCGUGUCCUCCUGCGGUCCCAGGCACACACCAGAUGGCACUGCGUCCUUCUACUGCUCCUCUGCGUGUCCCGUUGCCGUCUCCUCCAGAUUCCUCUCUUCCUGUCCUUGCUGACCCAGAGUCUAACUCUCUUCGUGCUGCCAGUCCUACUGUCAUGUGUCUCCGCGCCACUGUUGUCACAGACCCUUCCUUUGAGUCCACUGCCGCGUCUGCCUUAGUUGCUGAGCUUGUCGACUUUGCUACUCGCUGUCGUCUAGACUACGCCACUAGUCUUGUUGCUGAGUCUGAGUCUGUUUGUCCUCCGUCCGUCUGGGGUGAGCGUGCUCUUAGCACGGACGUCCUUGAGGACAGGCAGGAGGAGUUACAGUGUUUUGCUGCUGCUUUGCCUCAUCUCGCGUCCACGCCGAUUGCCCCUGAGGGAGACCCGGAUGCACCAGACAUCCCGACUCCUCGAUCCUACGCUGAGGCGAUCGAGGGUCCCUACUCCUCUUAG